AUUCUUUAAAUGGGGUUCUAUUUUCUUCUUCUAAGAAGACGAAAUUUUCUGUCAAGAGAUUAACUGUGUCAUGCUCUUCUUCUGGAAUGAAUUUGAUAGAAGAAGUGGAAACAUAACAGAAUUUAAGAUAUAAGUGGGCUUAUUCUGUCAAUUGAGGAAGAACGAGACAUGGUCACAUGAAAUGGUUUGGCUUUGUGCAAUGAAGGUUGCCAAAAUUUGCAAUGUUAUGUGCCAAAGAAUUGCAUCCGCUAUUGGUUAAGGCUGCAAAAGGACAUCCUGUAAGUCGACCACCUGCAUGGAUGAUGCGCCAGGCAGGAAGGUAUAUGGCUGUUUACAGAAAGCUUGCAGAAAAACAACCAUCCUUCAGAGAGAGGUCAGAGACGACUGAUCUCAUUGUGCAAAUUUCUUUGCAGCCUUGGGAAGCUUUCCAUCCGGAUGGAGUUAUCAUAUUCUCUGACAUUCUUACUCCUCUACCUGCAUUUGGUGUCCCAUUUAACAUAGAAGAAGUGAAGGGACCUGUUAUUGAAUCACCAAUUCGUUUGGAAGAAGACUUAAAGGCAUUACAUCCCAUUGACUUGGAGAAACUUCAAUUUGUAGGGGAAUCCUUGAAGAUUUUGCGCAAGGAGGUCGGGGAUUAUGCUGCAGUUUUGGGUUUUGUUGGAGCUCCUUGGACAAUUGCUACAUAUAUCGUUGAAGGGGGUACAACUCGUACAUAUACAACCAUAAAGAGUAUGUGCCAUAAGGCACCACAUAUAAUAAGGGCUCUUCUCUCUCAUUUAACAAAGGCAAUAGCUGACUACAUUAUCUUUCAAGUUGAGUCUGGGGCUCACUGCAUACAAAUAUUUGAUUCAUGGGGUGGACAACUACCACCACAUAUGUGGGAGCUCUGGUCAGAGCCUUAUAUUAAAGAGAUUGUCAGUUUAGUGAGAACUAAAUGCCCUGACACACCGCUUGUGCUGUACAUUAAUGGGAAUGGUGGCGUCCUAGAGCGGAUGAAAGGAACUGGUGUUGACGUGAUUGGGCUUGACUGGACAGUUGACAUGGCGGACGGGAGAAAAAGAUUGGGCAAUGACAUCGGUGUUCAGGGAAAUGUUGACCCUGCUUACUUAUUCUCUCCUCUUCCUGCAUUGACAGAUGAAAUUCAAAGGGUUGUCAAGUGUGCCGGACAAAAGGGGCACAUCCUUAAUCUAGGACAUGGAGUUCUAGUUGGGACACCUGAAGAAGCUGUUGCACAUUUCUUUGAGGUUGUGAAAAGCUUGAAGUAUGAUUCCUCGUCUCAAAAUCGUGCACUGGAAGAGUCUAAAUUGGUAGUCUGAGGACAUACUUAUCAUCAAGCACAAGACAGCAAUUUUGUUUACAGAUUGGCUGUUCACUGUGAAGUUACAGCCUUUUCCUUUGUGAUGACCGCAUGAUCACUGUUAACUUACACUUUCUUGAGAGGUAGAUUAAAGCUAGAGUUUGUAAAUGCUUUUGGUGAGCUAACUAGUUCUUUUCUCUUGUAUCAUUUAUUCAAAAUAUUCACAAAUGAAUUAAUAUAUUAAUUCUUCUUAUCACUGAUUUUGAAAUGUUUGAAGGGCUUUGUAGUGUCUAAUCAAGAAAAUAUUUGGGGAAGUUGCUCUUAUUGCUAUUUCUCUACAUGUGUUAGUAAUGAGGCCUCUUUGGUCUCCUUAAUUUGCAAUUGGUUCAUUAGUCUAGCUAAUUGAAAUGUAGCAUUCUUUUGAUUAAUUGAAAAAAUCAGCCGAACAGUUUUUAUUAGAAACACUAUCCACAUAUUGUUGACAAUGGACGAAACACUUUCCUUUGUGGUAACUGUUUACGAAAUAAAUUUAUUUAUUUUUUAUUAGUAGCUUUUUGCAAAAAAAAAAAAAGUAGCCGAGUAAUUCAGGUCUUGCUUUUCCAAACAUAUUCUCAUUGUCAAGGACAGGUCAGAAUUUUUGUGUCGUGCACACCAGCUUAUGCAAUUCAUACUCAGUAUAGGAGGGACUUAUUAACUGAGAUGAAUGUGGUGAUGGAGGUAAAUAACCCUAAAUCUCCACUUAACUUUUUCAUGUUUAAUUAUAAGUAAUUUUUUAUUUUCAUAUGGUCAACAUUGCACCUGAGCUGUCUACCAAACAGUUCUCAUAAAGUUUUAAAUGUAUAGUAGCUUAAUGUAUACUCAUCUUUUUCAAAGUGCUUUGAACUGUUUGUUGAAUUUUUGUGGGGCUUUG